CGGCGGAGAGCCGUGCGCAGCGGCGUGUGUGGGGCCGUGUGCAGACCAGCGUGUGGCGCAGGCAAGGACCCUCCUGAAAAUAAACAGCCGCUACCUUGCGAGCCGCUCACCUCGGCCUGCGUCUCGUUCUCCGUCGCUGCGGGCCUGCCCGGACGCAGAAGAUCUAACUGCAGCCAUGAGCAGCAAUGAGUGCUUCAAGUGUGGACGAUCUGGCCACUGGGCCCGGGAAUGCCCUACUGGUGGAGGCCGUGGUCGUGGAAUGAGAAGCCGUGGCAGAGGUGGUUUUACCUCGGAUAGAGGUUUCCAGUUUGUUUCCUCAUCUCUUCCAGACAUCUGUUAUCGCUGUGGUGAGUCUGGUCACCUUGCCAAGGAUUGUGAUCUUCAGGAGGAUGAAGCCUGCUAUAACUGCGGUAGAGGUGGCCACAUUGCCAAGGACUGCAAGGAGCCCAAGAGAGAGCGAGAGCAAUGCUGCUACAACUGUGGCAAACCAGGCCAUCUGGCUCGUGACUGUGACCAUGCAGAUGAGCAGAAGUGCUAUUCUUGUGGAGAAUUUGGACAUAUUCAAAAAGACUGCACCAAAGUGAAGUGCUAUAGGUGUGGUGAAACUGGUCAUGUAGCCAUCAACUGCAGCAAGACAAGUGAAGUCAACUGUUACCGCUGUGGCGAAUCAGGGCACCUUGCACGGGAAUGCACGAUUGAGGCCACAGCUUAAUUAUUUUCCUUUGUCGCCCCUCCUUUUUCUGAUUGAUGGUUGUAUUAUUUUCUCUGAAUCCUCUUCACUGGCCAAAGGUUGGCAGAUAGAGGCUACUCCCAGGCCAGUGAGCUUUACUUGCCAUGUAAAAGGAGGAAAGGGGUGGAAAAAAAUCGACUUUCUGCAUUUAACUACAAAAAAAGUUUAUGUUUAGUUUGGUAGAGGUGUUAUGUAUAAUGCUUUGUUAAAGAACCCCCUUUCCAUGCCACUGGUGAAUAGGGAUUGAUGAAUGGGAAGAAUUGAAUCAGACCAGUAAGCCCGUUCUGGGUUUGUUAAAUAUGUUCCCAUGUAGGAGGUAAAAACCAAUUUUGGAAGUGUCUGUGAGCUUCCAUAAAUAACUUUAAUUUUAGCAUAAUAAUGGCCUUGGAUUGUCUGACCUCAGUAGCUAUUAAGUAACAUCAAGUAACAUCUGUAUCAGGCCCUACAUAGAACAUCCAGUUGAGUGGGAGUAAACAAAAUAGAAAGACAAAUAUGCCUGUUAAUGUCUAUGGGAGGAAAAUCGGGAUAAAACCCUAAAUAGGAACAACUUAACAGCAUUUAUGCUGGAUAUGCAGAUGGUGAUGGCAAAGGUUUAGAACACAUUUUUUGCAAAGACUAAAUCUAAAACCCAGAGUAAACAUCUAUGCUUAGAGUAAGCAUAAUUUGGAGCUAUUCAGGAAUUGCAGAGAAAUGCAUUUUCACAGAAAUCAAGAUGUUAUUUUUGUAUACUAUAUCACUUAGACAACUGUGUUUCAUUUGAUGUAAUCAGUUUUUAAAAGUCAGAUGGAAAAAGCAACUGAAGUCUUAGAAAAUAGAAAUGUAAUUUUAAACUAUCCAAUAAAGCUGGAGGAGGAAGGGGAGUUUGACUGAAGUUCUUUUUGUUUCAAUUUUCAUUGAUGUAUAUAGUACAAAAUGCCAUAUUAAAGAAGGGAAUGUGGAGUACUGAAA